GUUGUAGCCUUCUGAACGAAAAUAAUAUGCAGAGGAGAAGAGUUGUCGGGCUUUGCGUGGUGUGCGGUUGAUUUACAUGGUGUCACGCAGUCAGUCCAAGACAAGGGAAGAGAACCUAGUCGAUCUAACAACAGGGAUAGAGAACCCGAGGGCAUAGUGACGCUUUCCCUAGCAGAAGCAUCUUUUUGUGAGCACCCAUUUCACGGCGAUGACGAUUUGAAGAAGCGCUGCUCAUUUCUCCGGGGACGUUGCUUUUUCUCUCCUCCUCCGACGUCGGAAGUCAGUUUCCUCGAGCAAGUGACGCUCUCCUUCUCUUCGUCUGCACACGCUCCGAAUAACACACACGCACACAGACUCACAGUGUUUCAUAACAAGCCUGUUUGCUUGGCGAGAGAGAAAAGCUCUGAGGCCAAUUCGAGCACGCAUCUUGCAUCUUGCUUUGCCGAGUGGAAUUUGCGGACCGCAGCGCGAAGACGCCAACAAUACAAGAACGUUUCAAGUUAUCCCUGAAACUUGCGCAGUUGAUAGGGAAAAUGGGAAUUUGUGGCUCUUUGACGGUGACUGGGAAAUGCAUCGUCGUCCUCGGACUUAAAUUGUUAUUUCUGGUACCUGCGGGAGUUCCUAUCAGAAGCGGGGAUUCUGUAUCAAAGGACAACAUUACCGUGAGACAAGGGGACAGCGCUGUGUUAAAAUGCAGUGUGGACAGUAAAGUGUCAAGAGUGGCAUGGCUGAACCGCACGACCAUUCUUUUUGCUGGAAAAGAAAAAUGGUCUCUGGACCCUCGAGUCAGUCUGAUGGAAAAUACAGCCAUCACGGAAUACAGCAUCGAGAUCCAAAAUGUUAAUAUACAUGAUGAGGGACCCUAUGUCUGCUCCAUCCUCACGAAUCAAAAACCAAAAUCUACAAAAGUGCAUCUCAGUGUUCAAGUACCUGCCAGGAUCACUAAUAUAUCGAAGGACAUCACAGUAAAUGAAGGCAGCAACGUCAAUCUGAUGUGCUUUGCGAUGGGUCGGCCAGUGGCGAGCAUCACAUGGAGACAUCACUCCCCAAGAGGCACUCACACAUUUGUAACAGAAGGAGAGCAUCUGGAGCUGGCUACCAUCAGCAAAGAUCAGUCCGGAUCAUAUGAGUGCAUUGCUUCAAAUGACAUAUCUGCCCCUGAUGUGAGGACAGUACAGGUUGCAGUCAACUAUCCUCCCUUCAUUUCUAAGGCAAGGGGUACAGGGACCGCAGUCGGACAAAAAGGUGUUCUUCAAUGUGAAGCUUCAGCUGUGCCUCGGGCAGAUUUUGAAUGGUACAAAGAAGAUCGCAGGCUGUCCAGUGGAAAUAAUAGGAUCAGGAUCGAGAAUCGAGGCAAACAGUCAAUGCUGAUCUUCUUCAAUGUUUCCGAAGAAGACUAUGGCAACUACACGUGUGUUGCGAUGAACACCAUGGGGAUAACUAACACCAGCAUUAUUCUUUAUGGACCUGGCGCAAUGCAUGACGUCAACAAGGCUGCUGUUUUGUCCCAAUUCUCCUUAUGCACCUCACUGAUGAUGACCUUCCUCUACCUACUGCUGGAGUUCUGAUGUUUCAACAGGACUACCUACAAGCUUCUUUCUGCAUUGAUAAAGAACAAACUGUUACCAUGUAAAAUUUAGGGAAGGGAAAAAAAUCAAGAGGCGCCAGUGGUUUGUUUUGAAUUUUCUCUUAUUUUGCAUUGGAGUGUGUCCCCCUCAAAAUGUGCAGCAUUAAUCAAAUGAAGGGGAAAAAAAAUCUGAACGGUGCAUUCUAAUGUAAUGUUGAUCAAGUCCUGAGAUUGUGUAUGCCCAAAACGUUUGUAUGUGAAAAGAAAAAAAGAAAAAAUAAUAAUAAAUGUAACUGUUGAUGGUUGACUGUUUCUUGCCCAAUAUCGGAGUGCACAUUCUGAUGAUUAUUGUGUAAUGUCUAUGUGUACGAUACAACUUAACUUUUUUUAAGUAAAUGAUAAAAGGGAAAUUGAUUGUUGAGUUUAAUCUGACUGUAUUUUUACAGUUAUAUGCAAAACAGAAUGAGACACUCUUCAUGACGAGCAGUAAAAACACAACAUGAUGAAUUCUCAGGCAAGUCCUACUACAUCAUGCAUCGAAAUUGUAUUUUACAUUAGCAUGUAGAAAAUAUAUAGAUCUGUACAGAAGAGAAACAGGUUAAGAUUUUGUUUGUUUGUGUACAGUAGAUCAAAACCGUAAAACUGGCCUCCACACAAUAACUGUGUCCUUGCAGCUUCAUGGCAUAUGUUCAUACAAAAGCACUCUGUACAGUAGAUCAAAACUGUAAAACUGGCCUGCACACAAUAACUAUGUCCUUGCAGCUUCAUGGCAUAUGUUCAUACAAAAGCACUGAUGUUUUUGUUUUUUCUGCUGGGAUGUGAGUUGAACAUGUUUAAAAGUACUGCAAACGUGUUGGUGUGAGUUGUGCGAAUCAAGUCUGUUUGUUUUGUACAUUAGGUUGUCACAACUUACUUAUGCAAUUUGCACGACGAAUUAGAAAGAAAUACCUAUUUGUUGUUUUUUAGAUGAGAGGGGUCACAUUUACAGUGCAUAUGCAUUUUUAUAAUCGGCAGAUUGCGGACCCACCUAGAAAACGAAAAAGUGGGAAUUUUCGAGAAGCAGAUUUUUCCGUAUUCAGUCACUUUAAAAUUUCAAUAAAAUUAAGCCUGACUUGAGGAGCAGAUUUUGAUGCAAACAUUCGAAAAAAUACAUUUCAAGGUGAUUCACCUCUAUCUCAAGAGUGUUUUUCCACAUGUUUGAUUUAUUUUCUGGCAUUAAAGGGACAAAAUUUUCAAGUGUUAUUUUUUUAUUUGUCCAGGUCAUGCAAUUAAAUAAACAGAUUAUCAUGUGCAAUGCUGUCCUCGCAGCUAAUGGCAGAGUAAAACAAAGCAAAAAUACAAGCAAAUACAAAUAUACAGACAACAUUCGUGUCAUCUUUAUGCACCUUUAGUUUUUAUUUGUUGGGGUUUGGCUACAAACAAGAAUAUUUGAAGCAGAGAAGUUGAAUAAUCUUCAACGAAUGUACCAUCAAGUAACAUGGUGGAUUUUUUUUUAAGUUUAAUGGAUGGGUGCCUUAAACCCAAAUUCAAAAAAGAUGAAUGGGAAAUUCGUGCGGUGUGGGUUUUCUCUGGGUACUCGGCUUUCCUCCCACAUUCCAAAAAAAUGCAUGGAGGGCCAAUGGAACUUUCUAAAUUGUCCACGUGUAAUUGUGAGCACGAAUGGCUGUUCGUCUAUUUGUGCCCUGCAAUUGGCUGGCAACCAGUUCAAGGUGUACUCCGCCUACUGCCCGAAGACAGCUGGGAUUGGCUCCAGCACUCCUCCUACCCAUGUGAGGAUAAGCGGAUCAGAAAAUGGAAAUGGGAAACUCUUGACUAAAUUCUGCAUGUAUAUCUUAGGUAGGAUGUAUUUGGGUGCAUUUUAAUACAGCACACUUUCUGCCUUGGGUAGGAUUUUUUAUUUAAACUGAUUGUAUAGCACAAGUGGAUUAUGCAGUGACGUUCUUAUAUUGUCCAGUUAACUCAUGCACACUUUUUGGGAUUGAGUCAAGUGUCGAUGACAAAACAACGGGUAAGAGAUGCUUGUGGGAAUGCUUUUCUUGUGAUUAUGUUACAUGCUUGUAGAGUUCGUGAAUCAGUCAUCUGUAGACUGUCACUGGACAUGAAGAUCCAAAAGCCUACAAAGUUAGGGAUGUACGUGACCCCUUUUAUCUUCGGUAGUUGAGGACAGUGUUGAUCAGAAGUAUUGAUGUCAUUUCACCCAUCAAAUGAGGACUAGCUCUGGUAUUAACUUAAAAAGUGUAUUAUGUAUGGUAACAUAAAUGAUGACCUUUUUGGGGGGGAGUUUAAACAUUUUUCUUUCAUGUGUUCAAUAUUUACUGUAUUCUCAUCCUUAAUGCAUAAAACACUACCUGUAUAUUUUUUGUUGUCAUUUCUAAAAGAUGAGCACUUUUAUGGCUUAAUUGUUCAAUAUGAUUCAUGACUGCUGGGGAGUCUGCUUACGAAUAGUCACUCUUGUGGUUUCUUGUCAUGGCAUCAUUUAACUGAAAAUUUCCAAACUGUCCAUAAAUUGUUCAAGUGUGA